GCUGCAAACCCUGUAGGCUACGAUCAGACACAGGUGCCAUGGGGCGCAGUUGCUCCAUAUGCUGAAACUGCACCGGCGUGUUUUCCUGCGGCGCUCCUGAGGAUAUACUGACUGCAUGUGAUACUGGCUGGAUAUACACGAAGAAGCGGCGAGGGGCGGCGGCCUAGCAUUACGUUCUACUGAAACCGCGCAACACCCAGUGUUCUGCUAAAAUCGCUUAUUCUACAACAGCCCAUUAAGGAGUGCAUUGAUGCUGAGGUGUGAAGACUGCUGCACUCCACAGACGAGUGAGAGGUUGGCCCUGGGUGCUGGCUCCGCCCACCAUGAGCGCUGCGGCUGGUGAUGUCACCAGCACCCAGAGAACUGGCUGGGUGGCCUUUUCAGACGACCCUUCCUGGUCCAAUAUGGAAUUCCAGAAAGAUGGGAACUGCAACCUGCAGAAGUCCUUCACAGCUCUGCCCCAGGAGGAGGUCUCCCCACCCCUCGGUCCUGCCUCUAGGGGAGAGACAGGAGCACUUUCACAGCAGAAUGCCUGGGUCCAUUUCGAUGAGAAGUCCUGGCGCUCCCCCUCUCCUUCUCAGUCACAGGUAAAAGGCCCCAGACACAGCGUGUGCUCCUCUGCCAGUUUCUGGAGCAUCGCGCCUCCCUCGGAGAGCAGUUGGACCGGUCAGUCUGAGGAGCACAGCUCCUUGAGCAUGGGGGAGUCGUCCUGCGACCUCCCAUCCCUCCCCAUUGAGGAUCCCGCCAAUCAGACGCCAUCCAGUGUGUCCUCUCCCAAUUGUUCCAUCUAUCAAGACGAUGACAGCGUAGACAUGGACUCAGUUAACUGGCUCCCAAGCGCUAAACACAUGAACGGCCAAUCAGAUACCAGCACAGGCCGGUUCUCCAGCUGGGUCACUUUCGAUGACGAUGAGCCAAACUUCCAAUGUCCUGGGAGGGUCUCCUCCCUCAAAUUGGAGAACCUCAGCUGUGGUUCCACCCAGGAUGCCAACAGCAACAUGAUCAUAUCUCCGGUUCAGAACCAGAGAGUGGAGCGGCACCUUCUGGACUUGACACCAGACUGUGUCAACCCUGCCUUUACCCUGGACAGCUCGCUGCUCAGCACAAACACCCCUUACAAUAAGAAGAACCCUUUCCUGGAUGAGGAACUCGUAAAUGUCCAGCCCUCCCCUAUCAACCCUUUCAGUGCCUAUUUUGAUGAAAAGCAAAUGACAGUUUCUCAGAGCAAUGGCUCAAGCUCAGAGAGUCCCCACAUAUUCUCUUUCAGCUCCCCUUUCUUUAAGUCCGAUGUCCCAGAUGUCAAAAGGGAAUCUUUACUGUUGUUUUCUCCUGUUUCAAGCUCCGUAGAUGACAAUGUUUUCUGCCCUCCCAAAGACCGGCUGGAGCAGCUUAAGAGUCUGCAGAUCUCGGACCCAGACCAGCUCGGCAGUCCCACGUUACCGGAUGAUCUCCCAGACUCUGAGGAGCCAGAGGAGCCCCCGUACCAGCCGGCCUACCUGAACCCGCAGGACGGCUGGCCCAUGAUGCUGCGCAUACCAGAGAAGAAGAACAUCAUGUCAUCGCGGCACUGGGGCCCCAUUUUCGUGAAGCUAACCGACUCCGGGCGACUACAGCUCUUCUACGAGAAGGGUCUGGAGAAGCCCUUCAAGGAGUUCCAGCUGGACGGCCGCCACGAGCUGUCGGAGCACAAGCUGCAGAACUACGACGAGAACGGUCGAGUGCACACCAUCAGCAUUGACCACGUGGUCUACAAGGAGAAACGCAAGAUCCAGCCCAAGGUGGCCGUGGUACACAUGCCCAUCAAGGAGCAGCUGGUCAAGCUGGGCACCAUCCACUACCAGGACUUCCUGAGCUUCACCGCCAUGCUGCAAGAAAAGCUGAUGCGCCUUCCGGUCAGUUCUCGCCCCGCAAGCAACCCAGGGUCCUACUCUGAGGAGGAGGUAGUUGUGGAUGUACGAGAUGAGUUCCAUGGGGUGGUAUCCAAAGGGGACAACCGGAUCCUUCAGCAGCUGGUGGUGACCCAUGUCAAUGUGCUGCCUUUUGUUUCUGGGUCUCCGCUUUGCAAGAUAGGGCUUAAUGACAUUCAGGUCAAAGGGAACGAGGUUGUGUCCCGGCACGACAUCAUCCCCAACACCACCACUCGCUGGAUCAAGCUGUGGGACUGCCAGCUGCAUGGCUAUGCGGACAAGAAGGAGUUUGCAGAGUCUAGGGCGAUCGCCUUCAGCCCUCCUGGUGGGCGCAGAUUCGAGCUGCUGCGUUUUCGUACGGUCUUUGCCGAGAAGACCCUCCCUUUCACCGUGAGGACCGUGGCCAGUGUCAAGGGAGCGGAGGUGGAGCUGCAGUCAUGGCUGGUGAUGUCAACUGGCUUCUCAUCCAACCGAGAUCCUCUGACUCUGAUCCCGUGUGAAAACGUGAUGAUUCGAUUCCCCAUCCCCCUGAUGUGGGCCAAGAACUUCCGCCGGGACAGCGUCACGGGGGAGAAGUCUUUGAAGGCACGAUUCAACAAAGGCGCCAGCUUUGGCUCCGCUAGCACGUCUGGGUCAGAACCAGCCAUGAGGGUAACUUUGGGAACUGCCAAAUAUGAACAUGCCUUCAAGUCUGUGGUGUGGAGGAUAAACAGACUCCCGGACAAAAACGCAGCCCUGGGACACCCCCACACCUUCUUCUGUCGGCUGGAGCUGGGCUCGGAUCGAGACGUGCCCCCGAAGUUUCAUCGCCAUCUGGAGGUGGAGUUUGACAUGCCCGCCGCCUCCGCUUCUAAAGCCACUGUACGCUCAUUGUCCGUGGGCGAGAGGACCGAUGUUAAGAAGUGGAUCAACUACAAAUCACACUACAGUUACCAGGUGGAGAUAGAGCAGAAGAAUAGCAGUGUUUCGGACAGCCAGCAGUCUGACCAGCCUGGGGAGUGUGUGCAGCAGUGAGGCGGAUCUCUUGGAUGUCUGCCUGUUUUAACACUGGAAAUACAGGAGAAAAGGCAUAAUUUUGCACUUUGGAAAAAUUAUUGGACAGUAAAUGUCCAAGUAGGGGGCGACAUUGGCUCAGGCAGUAAGAGCAGUCGUCUGGCAGUCAGAGGGUUGCCGGUUCGAUCCCGCCGUGGGUGUGUCGAAGUGUCCCUGAGCAAGACACCUAACCCUCAAAUGCUCCUGACGAGCUGGUUGGUGCCUUGCAUGGUUGGUGUGCGAGUGUGAAUGUGUGUAUGAGUGGGUGAAUGAGAAGCAUCAAUUGUACAGCGCUUUUGAUAAAGGCGCUAUAUACAUGCCAACCAUUUACCAUUUCAAAUGUCUGUUGAUACUGUGUGGGAUGCUGAACGACUGUGGUUUGCUUUAUGUUGUCUUGUCUGUUUUUGUAGGCUGUAACCAGCGUGGUCUUGGGGAACAUAUUUUUAUAUGAGUAAUUUAUUAGCUGACAGAUAUGACUGGCUUCAACUUUGUAAUAUUUCAGAGCUUAUUUUGGAGGGAACAGAAGGUGUAAAAUGUCUCUUGAAGGCCUGUGUAUAGUGUAUUGUCUGGCAAAUCGUCUGACUGAAAGUUUGCUUUCUUGUGGAAAAGAUUCUGAAAUGUUCAAAUGAAAUGCAACACAAAAGAUGGUUUGGAGUUUGAUUUCCAUUUUGACCAUGUACAGUAAGCUUGGUUAUUUGUGAUCACGUUUUGAUGAACUGAAGCUUUGACACUAAGGUGCCUUUAAUUUGGCACUCUGCUCUUCUGAUCCUGUGAAAAGGAUCAAUACUGCGGAAAGUAAAUUAGAGCUAGGACUUCAUUUAUUUCAUUUAAUUUCUCCCCAUACAUUUCUUUUUUUUUUACUUCAUAUGAUUAGUAUUCUGAUCUUUUGAAUCAUUGUCUUGCUCAUUUAUUUACAGACACAGGCUUUAGGUUGAUUUCUACGUACAGUUUUGCAUACAUUUCUGUUGAAGACAGAAGGAUUUUUUAAAUUGCAUUACUGUUUUCCCCUGUUCCCAUUCCAGAUUCAGAAUUCAAACAAUUUUCAGGUUUCUGAAAAGCUUUAAUUUAGAUUUUUUUGCAGUUAGCCUAUUCUCUCUAAUGCUUAAACAGUGUGCAAAACUAGAAUACCGCUUGAAAAAUGUGUAAAAUGUCUGAAGCAACAAAUAUGCAUGUUGGAAAAUGAUAAGGGACCUCCUGGAAUUAAGGGUCAGUGUUUAUCUUGUCAUACCAAUCUGUUAAACAAAACCAAGUAUCCUACAAGUUCAGUGUAGGGCUAAAUGGAGCUCUCGAGCAACACAUGUAUUAGCAGAACAAAAGUGAUUGCGAGAAAUACAAAUUGUCUCUUUGAUAUGGAAUUGUGUUAACCGUUAUGCUAAAUGUUGAUAUCAGUGAUAUCAAAACUGCUGUAUCUGAUGUGGUAAAAAGAAAUGUCUUUUUUUGUUAUUACACAUCAAUAUAAUGCAUGUGUAUAGCUGCACAAACUAUGUUCAAACUACUAACAUCAACUUAAAGUUUUUGAAUUUUUGAAAGAAAAUGGCUGUACUGGAGGAAAUCCAUACAAGCCUAUAUAUGGAUGUAAGAAGCAAAAAAUAACAAGUGAUCUGUGCUUUAAAACUGUGUACCUACAUCUAAUGAUGAAGUCUUUGUGCACUAAUGUAUGUCCAGUUUUAUAGUUCCUGAAAAGUAUGUUGCAAAACUUCUCAUGUAUCCUGCAAGACCAUUCAGGUUAGGUGACAUUUUUGUUUUUUAUAAUCAGUGUUGCCACUUUUUCUUUCCAUCAUUGCCAGGUUGUGAAGUUUUGAAUGAAUCGCUGCCAGCUGGAAGGUAAACGUGAGACAGGGUGUGGUGGUAUUAGAAAAGAAAUCAACGCCUCAGUGCUGAAUCUUGUGUGCCAUCUCUUUUUUCUGAAUUGACCAGAUAAAAUGUGUUUUGCAUAUUAUAUAGCUGAACAUACUGCCAUAUAUUUAGUACCAACUUCAAAUUUACUGUACAGAAGAACCCAAAUUACACAUUGUGUAUUGCCAAUUGCUCUUGCAUCCUUAAACAGUAUAUUUUCACUGGUUGGAGUUUACUUGGUAAGGGAAUGCAGUUUGACUUUGACUGAACAAUGCUCUGCUGCAGCACGGGACAGUAAACAUGAAACGUGAAAAGGGAUUUUAGUGCCUAUUGCCGUAGCAUAGUUCCUGUCUUAUUUGUUCAUUUGUAAAGGAAACAUUCACAACGGCUUUAAAACUCUGAUAUAAAUAUUUGAUAGGCUUUCUAAGGGUUUGCCAGACCAACAAUAUGUCUUUAUUACAACCAUUCUAAAGCAGUACACUCUGUGUAUGACCAUGUAUUGAUUACAUUUCCCUUCACUGUUGGAAUGACUAAAGACAGCAUAUUUAUAUGGUGAACUGUGGCUCUGUAGCCUAUUGGGGAAGCUAUGAAUUGUGCACAUUUCAAUUGUGAUUUGUUUUUUCUUUUUUUUCUUUUUUUUACUGUGUAUUGCUUUCAUACCUGACACCUGUUUACAGCAACAAAUUACCCCACUAACAUAAUCAGCAUGCCUUAUGGUUAAGACUGGAAUCAAAAAGUAUGUGUUGGUGCAUUUUUAUUUUUAAAUGUUGUUACUUUGCACAGAUAAAGGAAAUACUUUUUUUCUCUAAAA